GCCACUAGAGGAAGAACAUCCAGCCCAUCCCCGUGAAAGAUAUCGAGGCGCAGAAAAAGAAACAAGGAUGAUGUCGGGGGUGUUGAUCGCCCUGCUGGUGUGUCUCCUGGUUCUGCGCUUCCUGAGACAAGUGCAGUCACACAAGUCCUACCCUCCUGGCCCCCUUUGGCUGCCCAUCAUUGGAAACAUUUGGCGAUAUGCGAUCAGGCUUCAUAAAGAUAUUCUCAUCAAGCUGGCCAAACAAUAUGGAAACAUUUACAUGGUGUGGCUGGGAUCUCUACCCAUAGUUGUGCUGUCUGGAUAUGAAGCAGUGAAAGAAGGGCUGAUAAACCAGUCAGAAGGUUUUGCUGAUCGGCCUGCAACCAGAUUGCUGAAAGCUGCAGCAAAAGAACGGGGCAUUGUAUUGUCAAAUGGCCACACCUGGAAGCAACAGAGGAAGUUUGGAAUUGCCACCAUGCGGAAACUGGGAAUGGGAAAGAAGGGCAUGGAGCAGCAAAUACAAGAGGAGGCCCAUCAGCUUGUUGAGACUUUUGCACGUGCAAAAGGACAGCCAUUUGACCCUACAAUACCCAUCACCAAUUCUGUCUGCAAUUUGAUCUGUGCUGUGGCUUUUGGACACCGGUUUUCUGUUGAAGAUAAAGAAUUCAUGAAGUUAAUGGAAGCCAUUAGCAAUAUAUUUUUAUUUUUAAGUAGCAUUUUUCAUUGUCUCUAUGAACUUUUCCCACGGAUCAUGGAAUGCCUCCCGGGGCCUCACAAGAUUGCCUUUUCAAGAGCAGAGACUGUGCUUUCAUUUGCAAGGAAGGAGAUAGAAAGGCAUAAGGAGCAUCACGCUGUCCAUGAGCCGCAAGAUUUCAUUGAUUUCUACCUGUUUCAGAUGGAGAGAAGCAAGAAUGACCCCAUGUCUACUUACAAUGAAGACAAUCUGACUGAGUGUAUAUUUGACCUCUUCAUCGCAGGAACAGAAACGACAUCCUUGACAUUGCGAUGGGCAUUGUUGGUAAUGGCAAAUCACCCAGAUAUCCAAGAGAAAGUCCACAAAGAGAUUGAAGAUGUUUUAGGUUCCUCUCAAUUAUUCCACUACCAAGAUCGGAAGAAACUGCCCUACACUAAUGCUGUGAUUCACGAGAUCCAACGCUUCCAAUACUUCAUAUAUUUUGGGGUCCCCAGACAAUGUACAAAAGAUGUGAAUAUGCAUGGUUUUCUUAUUCCAAAGGGCACCGUUAUUUUCCCAGACCUCCGCUCUGUUCUUCUUGAUCCUACACAAUGGGAGACACCGGAGGAAUUCAGCCCAAAUCAUUUUUUGGACAAGGAUGGAAAUUUUAUGGAAAGAGAAGCAUUUCUUCCGUUUGGUGCAGGAUCCCGUGUCUGCCUGGGAGAGCAGAUGGCAAGGAUUGAGAUUUUCAUCUUCUUUACCAGCCUGAUGAGGGCGUUCACUUUCCAGCUGCCAGAUGGAGUGAAAGAACUCAGCACAGAGCCUGUAAUUGGGGUAACAUUUGUUCCCCGUCCACAUAAACUCUGCGCUGUUCCCUGCAGCAGUGCAUCAUAA